AUGAGUUAUUAUCUUGCACUGUUUCUGAUUCUCCUUCUUUCAAUCUCAUCAUGUUCAGCUUCUACUUUAGUUGAGAAGAGUUUCAAGGAGUGCAUGUUAACAAAAGUUAGUGGCUGUUCUGAAUCCAUUGAAAAAAUAGUCCUAAGUUCAUCCUCCUCACUAUAUCCACAAGUGUUGGAUUCAUCCCAACAAAAUCCUAGAUGGCUUAAUUCCUCAAGAAAGCCUCUUCUCAUUGUAACACCUUUGCAUGAAUCUGAAAUUCAAGGAGCCAUUCUAUGUAGCAAUGAGCUUGGUUUGCAGCUCAGAAUCAGAAGUGGUGGCCAUGAUUAUGAAGGGCUAUCUUAUCGUUCUAAGGUGCCCUUUAUCAUUGUUGACCUUGUAAACAUUAGUUCAAUUGAAAUUGAUCUUGCUGAAGAAACAGCUUGGGUUCAAGCUGGGGUAACACUAGGUGAACUUUACUAUAAAAUUUCCAAAACAAGUCCAAUCCAUGGAUUCAAUGCAGGAAUCUGUCCAAGUGUAGGAUUGGGUGGACACAUAAGUGGAGGAGGGUUUGGUACCAUGGUGAGGAAGCAUGGCCUAGCAGCAGACAAAGUUGUUGAUGCUUACCUAAUAGAUGUAAAUGGUAAGAUUCUUGAUAGAAAAUCAAUGGGAGAAGAUGUUUUUUGGGCCAUUAGAGGAGGUGGUGCUACUAGUUUUGGAGUCAUUCUUGCAUGGAAGAUUAGGUUGGUUAGAGUUCCACCUAUUGUUACUGGAUUCACCAAGCAGAUAACAGUGGAGGAAGGAGCCACCAAGAUCAUUCAUAGGUGGCAAUACAUAGCACAUAAAUUGCAUGAAGAUCUUUUCAUUAGAGUACUUGCUCAAAAUAAUGGUGACAAUUUGACAACACUUGAAGCAUCCUUUGUUUCUCUCUUCCUUGGUGGAAAAGACAAGUUAAUCCCAAUAAUGAAUGAGAGCUUCCCAGAAUUGGGAUUGGAGGAUAAAGAUUGCAUUGAAAUGAGUUGGAUUCAAUCUGCUCUUUAUUUUGCUGGAUACAACAAAUCGGACCCUCCAGAACUCUUGCUCAACAGAACUACCACAUACAAAAGCUCUUUCAAGGCCAAGUCUGAUUUUGUAAAGGAGCCUAUACCAGAAGUUGCUCUAGAUGGGGUUUGGAAAAUGAUUCAAGAAGAAGAUACUAAUGCAAUAGUGAUAAUGGAACCCUUUGGUGGUAGAAUGAAUAAAAUUUCAGAAUCUGAAAUCCCUUUUCCCCACAGAAAGGGAAACUUGUUUAACAUACAAUACUUGGUCAAGUGGGAAGUGAAUAGCAUUGAAGCAACCAAUAGGCAUCUUCACUGGAUGAAAAUGCUUUAUAGAUACAUGACUCCAUAUGUUUCAAAAUCUCCAAGAGCUGCUUAUUGCAACUAUAGGGAUCUUGAUUUAGGUAGCAACAAGCAUGACAACACAAGCUACUCAAAAGCAAGUGUUUGGGGCAAGAAGUACUAUAAGGGAAACUUCAGGAGAUUGGCACAAAUUAAGACAAAGUUUGAUCCCCAAAACUUUUUCAGGAAUGAACAGAGUAUUCCUCUCCUGAAUUCCCUUCCUUCUUCACAUAGGGUAAGCCAUAUUUAG